CAACAAAUCCAUAUUAGGUUCAAUAGGUGCGACGCGAUUCCACCAAGAAACUUAUUUCAGUUUCUGAAACAAUUACGAAUAUACAACAGCAGCGAGAAGUACAAACUUAAGUAUCUGUCACAGUAGCGGGGGUGGAUUGCAUACUUUCUUCGUCAGCUUGGACUACCUAUGCAUGAAGAUGGAAAGGAGAAAGAAAAUCGUCUAUCAGCUUGAUACGCCCUAUUCAGCUGUAUCAUGGCCUAGCGUUACUAUUGAUGACCAAGAAACCAUCUUAGAACUUCUGUGCAACUUGCUUACACCUCUGGGUCAAUACCGCUCAGAGUAUGUUAAGUUGUCAAAAGGCAAACGCGAUAAGAAACGGAAACGCAAAGUUCCAACCACAUGUUCUGGAGACAUUUUGCCCCCUCCUUCUCCGGAGUUAAAGUCGUAUGUAGACGUCGGACUUACAACCGUCACGCGUCAUCUACAGGAGUUAGCAUGUAAAGCACAAGCUGUGGAGACCAAUUCGGACGACAAACUCCCUACUCAGGAUGUUUCUCGCCGCCCCUAUUCAGCUAUCUUCGUAGCCCGAUCUGGACAACCAAACGUUCUUAAUGGACAUCUCCCACAAAUGGCAGCAGUUGCUUCGAAAUCACAUCCUGAGCAGACGCCUAUCAGGCUAGUAGGAUUAUCAAAGUCAUGUGAGGAUCGUCUAUCCGAGUCGCUGGGUAUACCCCGUGUUUCCUGCAUUGGAAUCCGCGAAGGUGCCCCUGAUUCCAAGGCGUUAAUUGAAUUCACGGCCAAGCAUGUUCCUCCCAUUAAUAUACCGUGGAUGGAAGAGGCGAAGAAAGCGGAAUACAAGGCGACUAAUAUCAACACGAUUGAGACGUUCGUGGGUACUAAGAAGCAGCAUAACCGUGGAUUGCCUGGGCAAUGAUAUUAGUUGGUCUAUUGGCCACGUUCAACAGCUGAAUAUACCCGUCUAAAGAACGUCCCAUUCUGGAUAUGAAGUUCC